AUGGCCAAUGCAUGGACAAUUGAAUAUGCAAAUCGGUCUAGAGCUUGGGUAGAGCAAUGUUUGUUUGAGGCCAAUGUUGAGCUACCAACCUUCGCAACAGAGGUUAACUUGUUUGUAGCACCCUUAGGAUCGUAUGACAUUAUCUUAGGAAUGAAGUGGUUGUGGCAACAUCAUGCAAGGGUGGAUUGUUUCUAUAAAAUUGUGGAAUGUUUGGAUGAUUUAGGCAAUGCAAUAUCCUUACAUGGUAUCAAGAAGGAAGUUAAGUUGAGACAACUCUCUGCAUCUCAGUUGAGGUGCAAUAAAAAAAAGGGAUGUCAACUGUUUGUCAUCGAGAUGGAAGAAAUGGAUGGUAAUGGAGAACGGAAGGAGUCCUUUGAAGAUAAAUACCCUUAUCUUCAUGACUUUCAUGAUGUGUUUCCUGAGGAGUUGUCAGGAUUACCCCCAAAAAGAGUCUUUGAUUUUUCUAUAGAUCUCGUACCUGGUGUCGCUCUCGUAUCUAAAGCACAUUAUAGAAUGAUAACAGUAGAGCUGGUGGAAUUCAAAUUGCAAUUACAAGAGUUGCUUGAUAAAGGUCUAAUUCGACCUAACAUGUCUCCAUAG